AUGUUCUAUUUUGAUGACCUCGUAUUCAUAUUCAUAUUCAGUAUUGAAUAUAAAUAUGAAUUGAAUCUGAUUCAAUAUUCAACAUCUAUGCUAGGGAAGUAUUCGACUGUCUUGCAGAGGACUGCUAGAGUGGUUGCCGUUCUUCAGUCGCACGGGGUGAGUUCUGCGACCAAAUCCAUAGCGCCAAUCGAUCCUUCAAAAGGUCUCGCUACAAUCAGCCUGUUUGUGCGCUUCCACAGUCAUAUCAGCUGUCGGCAUCCGAAUGCAGAGGCGGUCAUGAUGCGCUGCAAACGCGAGACUGCAUCCGCGCUAACAACGCCGACUCGCAUUUAUUUUCAAGACACGGUCUCUUCACUUUCUCCAGACUCAAGACACAAAAUGGCGAACGUCAUAAGCCAAAGCGAUCUGGAUAAUUUCCGCGCGUGGUAUGAACGCCUCAAAGCGCACUUCCAAAACAUUGGCUACGAUGACAUGGUGGACGUCUUGGAAGAAAUGUAUGACAUGGGUCAUUGGGACUCCCGCUUGAUUCAUACCUACAUCAAGCCCCUUACCGCCCCGUACAGUAAACUCGAGAGUGUUGAGACCACGGCCUACUUGCUCUCCGCAAGCAAACGCAGUAGGCUUCGGACGGGCGAGGUUAAGCUCACACCGGAUAUCAGCGACACAGCUAUUCAGCAGACCGUCGCCAAGGUCAAGAAGCUCGAGCGUGAAGUGCCGCAAUUGUCCAGGUUUAAGACGCAAGGAUCCUUACUGCUCCAGCUGCCAGGCGAAUUGCGGAACGACAUCUAUCGGCUCGCUUUGCAUACGGAAGCAGGUGUCAUCAUUCGGCAAGACAAGAAAGGCUUUUCGCUACAGACUCCUGCUCUUUUGAGGGUAUGCAAGCAGAUGCGCGUCGAGGUCUCGUCAUUCUUUUGGGCAGAGACCUCGGUAUUCGUCCAGAUAUGUGGCGACGAUUGGAAGUUAUCGCUGGAAUCGCUCGAGACGGUCGCUGCAGAACGAAUGAGGGAGAUCGCAUCGAUUCAGUGCGAAUGGAAAUUGGACGAUUCCGAAGAGGCUGGCCUCAACACGCUACUCAACACUCCCGGUCCUUUCCGUAUACGUAAUCUUACCGACUGUCGGAUCAAUUUCGCUAUCCUUUACAUCCAUCAGGUGAUUCGCAGUCGGAAGCUGAUGCUUCACAUGCUUAGGCGAGGCAUGAGACUUGACUCGAUCAGCGCGGUACAAGAAGCCCCUAUCGAGAGUACCAUCAAGUUCGACGAAGCUGGCAGCAGAGCGCUGCUGGCGAGGCAUUGGAGAGUGACAGUUGACAGGGAGCGCCAGGUCUUCCUUGAUGCCGUCAGAAAUUAUGAUGCUUCGGAGGAGAAACGGAGCUCUACUCAAACAGAGCUUCCAGCAAGCGAGGAUGGAAGCGAAAUAUUUGAGGCGAAGAAUCAGAGGCAAGGCGCUCCCAUGAUCGGCGAAGGUGACACUGAGGAUUAUCCGAGGUCCUGGGAAGCGUAUAUGGACAAGUUCAAUUCUCAUCCAGUCACCCCAUAAUGCUAAGCUCCUUUGUCGCCAUUUCGAUUCCUUCAAGCGUGUUGUAUCAUGGUAGAGAACAUACUUCAUUUGCUUGUCUCCCUGAGCUCUUCCACCUGCUUAAAGCCAUACUCCUCGACUUCGGUCGCAGCUGCAGGAGGUCCAACCAAUCUAAAGAUGAGGUUGACGAUUCCAGACAUGUAAAUGAAGUACUGAAUUGCACGCAUGAUCCAAAGGCCUUGGGAAG